AUGACUUCUAAAUCAACCGUCUCGCUUUUCCCUUGGGAUGCCAAAUGUGCAACCCAUCGAGCAUGGCUCUACAAGCAACGAGUUGAAUGUAACUGGGAUCAUGAAAAAGUGGAAAAAGAAUGGCGCGAAGAACAGAUCAAAGGCACGAAAUGCAUGUACUGGAUUGUUCGCCACUCCGAUGACUCGGCUAUAAAUCCUGGUAAUGACGAGAGUGAACUGCUAUAUGAUACGGCUGAUUCCGUGAAUGGAAGAUCACGAGUAGCAUCACAGGAAGCCUUUGUGCCCAUUGGCCACAUUUCCCUGGAUUCGAAGAACAAGGAUGCCGAUAGAGUUGGUCUUGAUAUCCCAUCUAGAGGAGUUUUCUGGAUCAAAAGCUUUUUCAUUUUGCAGACCAUUCAAGGCCAGGGAAUUGGUCGGGCAGCUAUGGAUGCCGUUGAGGACAUGGCGACUCGAGAGCCACUUUGUGCACAGACCCUCAUGCUGGACACGGUCACGAGUAAGCACCAGCAGCGAGAAGACUUUGCAAUCUCGACUUACGGAGCUGUUCCGAAGAUCACAAACCAAGAUUGGUAUGGUCGUCGGGGAUAUAUACCUAUCAAGACUGUGCCGAACUACUACGAUGUGUGGGAUGCGAACGGAGACAGAUGGGAUAUCGAGAUCGUAUUCAUGCGAAAGGAUAUUCAAUGA